UAAAAUGCAAUCUUACUUGGGGGAGCAUGAUACUUUUAAGGAUAUUAUCCAUUAUUGAAUUACAGAAGACUCACACAAUCUCUCUGGCUUCUCCCUUGAAACGCCCAUAAAACGCAGGCAAAGCGGUGAAGUUUCUCUCUUAGAUUUUGACAAGUAAAACUGUAAAAAAGCCUUUUGUCUCUCUGUUUCCAUAUGGAAGCUCUCAAAUUUCUGAGGUUUUGGAAACCUAGCUGUGUGGCUAUGAAAGAGAACCAGACCCAACGUUGUUGUGGAAGCAUCGAAAUUCCACAUCAUGAAUUGGAUGAAGAGGACGACUCUUUCAUCGACUUGGAGCUUCCUUUGCACCACUUCAACCACCUCCAUCUACGCACCCUUCACAAAACACCUGAUUUCCAGCAUGAUUCGGCUAAGAAUGAUGACUUCCCCUUGUUGCCAAUGCAGAAUGAUCAUUUCUCCAAAAGAAAGAUCCUCCCCAUUGACCCAACCUCCAAGCCUCAAUCUCCCUUACACCUGUUAAACUCUGCUCCCAAAUUUGGAGCUUUUACUCUCAACAAGUCCAAGUCAAUGGCAAAUACCAGUAAAACAUGUACUCCCCAGAGAAAAGAGUUGAUCGGUAUUUCUAUGGAGACCCCAAGGCAUGAAGAAAGGAGCAGUUCGAAAGAUCUGAUACAGAAAUACUUGAAUAUAAUAAAGUACGUAAAAAUCUCCAAAAAAAGCAUUCCAAGUGACAAGGCAAAGGUCUCACUCUCACCCUCAGGUGAGUUAUCAAAGGUGGCUUCUCCGGCAACGGUGUAUCCCAUGAAAGGAGUACAGGGGAGUGUUUCGACAGGGGUUUGCAAGCAAUUGGUAAAGAGCAGAUCAGCCUCGUAUGCAGCAUCCCCAAUUAAUCGGAAAGAUGAUUCCUUGCUACUCCGACACGAUGCGAUUGAAAGCGCCAUUUUGCAUUGCAAGAAAUCUUUCAAUUCCUCAUCAGCAGAAUCAUCUUGGUUGUCGAGAUGUACAAGUGAUUCUUCAAAAUACAAGUUAAGCAAUGCAUCUUCUUCUACAGAUUCUUCUCUUUCGUCCACGAAUUACAAGCAAUUAUUAUCACCUGAAUAGAAACCUUGGGAUUUAUUAUCAUGAUUAUGUACGAAAGAUGUAAACUGAUAAGAACAAAAAGAACAAAAGGCUGGAAUUUAUAUAUGAUGGGCAUUGGUGGGCAGUGUAAGCAGGGUUAGUACUUGUAAAGUUCAUGGAUAAUUAUGAAGAAAUUGAAACUAA